AUGGUAAUGAUGCGCUACGUGCUGUGUAUCCUCGCUCUCCUGCUCUCAUGUGCGUGUGUGCACGUCCUCGCUGAAGAAGUGCCUGCCGCCGAUCUUUCCGACCAAGUCCCUGAUACGGAGAGUGAGACAAAGAUUCUUCUUCAAGGUACUCCUGUUGCUCAACUUACUCAUUGCGCUAAUGGUGGUACUAAAUGUGAUAAAGCUGACUCGAGACGUCAGGAAACACAUGGACUUGGUGAUGCUCCUGGUUCUCAGUGCCCUGCUGGUACUGGUGGUACACCUGGUAAUUGUACUCUCCCUUCUUUGGAACCUGGACGGGUUGUCGGUGCUUCGGAGUGCCCUCCAAAUACUCUUCGUACUCCUGAAGGUACAUGUACCACUCCUAAUGGUCAACAUCCAGCAACACCAUCUCCAUCACUACAACCAGUACUACCACCACAACAACAAGUAAAACAACAAGGAGGACAUCAAGAUCAACAUCAGGAAACUAAAACAGAUGGAGCACAUAACGUUGCUCAUUCUGAUGUGCAAGCAGACCAAAAUCGUGUGAGCACAGGGGGUAACAGUGUACCAGCAGGAAGUGGAGGCCCAGGGAAUACGUCAUCCACAGCAGGUAAUGUAGACCCACAGAACCCACAACAAAACACUACAGAAGGACAGGCAACUACAACACCAACUGAAGACACAACCUCAUCUGGAGAAGGUGGUUCCAACAAUACCAGCUCACAAACUCAAUCGGAAAAUGCAAAUGAAGGUGGUGACAGUAAUUCCAGUAAUCAGACUACUGCAUCUGCAGAUACAACUGGAACAGAAGGUUCACAAGAAAAUGGCAAUGCUGAUUCAACCACCACCACCACCACCACAACAACAACCACACUUCCUCCUGAACUCACAAACAACAAGAAGGGUGAUGCAGACAGCAGCAGCAGUAUCAGCAGUUCUGUGUGGGUGCGUGUACCACUACUGAUUGUGGUUACACUG